UCACCACCUUGUGAAAUCGCUCAAAUCAAGGCAACCAGGAAUGAGUACUGUUGUAGUAUAGCAGGCUAGCUGCAUUGCAAUAGGUUUGCAUUAGAAGGUCGAAAGUAGGACAGCGCCUUUGAGAUUUUUCCGAACCGUUUUAUGACUACAAAACAUUGCUGUAAAUUUGAGAUAUAGGGCAAUACCAAUACUCAAGAGUGUCAAAGUCGAACUAAUUUUCCUUCGUAGCUACGUAUUUAGCAAGCUAGCUAGCUUGCUAGGUCAAGUGUAGCUAACGUUAGACAGCAACAUUAGCCUUUUGCAAACAUGGCUGCGAUGAGAGCUUCUUAUCACAAACUACUAGACAAGAUCGGGCUAAUGUUGCCAGCAAAACUGAGACCUCUCUACAAUCACCCUGCAGGUCCAAGGACUAUUUUCUUCUGGGCCCCAAUGUUCAAAUGGGGGCUGGUUGGGGCUGGUCUGGCAGAUAUGAGUCGACCAGCCGAGAAACUGAGCAUUUCCCAGUCUGCUGUACUGACAGCCACAGGUCUGACCUGGUCCAGAUACUCUUUGGUCAUCAUUCCAAAGAACUGGAACCUCUUUGCUGUCAAUUUAUUUGUGGGUAGUGCUGGAAUAUCCCAGCUCUACAGGAUCUUCCAGUAUGAACAAGGGAAGAAGGCACUAGCAAAGGAGGAGGCUGCCCCUGCAGAGUCUUGAGUGUUGUCACCAAUCCAUCUCCAUGGACCGUAAGGGAGUUAAUCACCGGCACAAACCCAGUCCCUCUCAGCCCCUCCAUCCUCAUUCGAUAUUACAGUAGAAAAAAACAAUGUUUCCUUGCUGUAGAUCAUGUAAUUUGUCUGGAUUUCUUCAGGUUUAUAAUGGAAUAUUAACCCUUACAAAACACUCAAAUGUUUGUCAUCUAUGCACAAGAUGUUGUAUUUUUAAGUUUUACUUCAUGCAACAACUUGUAUGGUCUUAAAUUGAUUUAAUUUGUUAAUGAUUCAUAUUUAUCAUGCACUUUUUGGGAAGUGUUGCUUUUUUCCAUAAUUUCUUUGAGUAGUCAUCAUCAUUCCUCAUGGAGUGGUUUCCUAACAAUGAAGGUCUUGGAUCUGUGUUGAAUGUGGUUUAAAAGAAUGUCUCCCAAAAUAUUUUUGAAUUAGAUGUCACUUUCAUCCCAUAUGCUAAUUCAUCAACUAUUUUCAUCAAUCAUUUUGGUAACAAUUUCUAUAUCCGUACAUCAAGGAUGAUUAAACCUUCCACGUGUUGUAAAUGCUUUAACCAAUAAAUCAGGUUUAAAAAAACAUUUCAUAUAGCUUUUAACAGUAGAUUUUCAAUUGCCAAUAGUAAUAUGAAAUCACCACCUUUCUGUCCCUGAUCAUUUGGAGGAACUUCUUGGUAAUGUGUCCUAUGUGUUGCAGUCUUGGGGGAUGAAUCUAGCGUGGACAACUUGUAUUGGCCCUGUAGUCAAGGUCCUCGUCUCCUAUUAGUUGGUUCUCAGUAGUUGGGAGACGCAUAAUCUGUUAAUGUAACUAGAUGAGAAUUUAAGAAGUCCUUUUGUUCAUUGAUCUCUGAGAUUUUAUAGCAAUAACUGGCAAAUUUCAUUGGUCCAUAAUGCACUGGAACAUGAACAGGCACUUACGUAUGGAGAGGUUCUAUCUUAAAAAGGUCUGUAUGUAAUGGAUAUGCCCAUAUUUGUUCUGUUGAAUUAAACAUCUUGGCAUAUUCUGAA